UUGUUAUUAUUUGUGUUUUGUUUGUUCUGUGCAAUCGAUAAUCUCAUCAAAAAGUUUAGGCCCAAGAAAAUAAAGAAAAAUGAAUGGUAAACAAGAUAUUAAUAGUACGGAAACAUACCAAACAUUGUUUUCGAAGUUAGAAAACCCCGACGUAAUCUAUCAGAAUUUUGUAAAAAGAUUGGCGAAGUAUUAUUUUCAAACCAAAGCCGUAAUCCAGGAUAUAUUGGAAUGUAGAGAUUCUAUGGAAACCUUGUCGGAAUUAAAUGAAAGAGGACGAAUGAUGAUCAAUCUGUUCAGAGAUGAACUUGAGAGCUUGGAGUUGUAUGCAAAAGAGACUGGUGACCAGGCAUACACUGUCAUGGAGAUAGAGUCACAGAGACAUCAACUGGCUGGGCUGUUAAAAGAAUUUAAAUCAGCAAAUAUAAGCAGUAUGUUUGCUAUAGAGAAGAAACAAAGACAAGACUUGUUGAAAGCCAAUGAUUCAGAAGAGUUCAGCAUUCGAAACAGGAACAAGAAGGUUGAUAGAGAUGGACUGCUUAAAAUGUCGUCAGGUGUAACAGAACAGUUACUUUCAAUCAGUAGACAACUAGCAGAUACAACUCAUAGAAGCCAAAUUACUUUAGACAACUUAGUAUCAUCUAGUUCUACAGUGCAUUGCACAAAAUCGGAGUUACAGAACACGGCUGGCACUAUAUCGCAGUCAAGCAAGCUGCUCAAAAAGUAUGGUCGUCGAGAGUUCACUGACAAAGUUAUCAUGUUCUUUGCUUUCCUCUUCUUUCUCGCAGUAUGUCUUUAUAUUGUGCAAAAGAGAUUAUUUUAAGAAUAAAGUGCUAAGCAUCUAAAAAAUUAAAAGACUGGACUUUGAGAAUGGCUAUAAAGUUUUAGAUACUUUGUAUUUACUCAUAUGCUAACUUAAAUUAACUUAUUUGUUGAGGCUCUCUUACAAUAUUAGAAAAUUAUGUUAGUUUGUGUAGCAUGCUCUUAAAUAUUUAGAUAAGUGUAUAAAUGUAAAGAUUUGAUCUCAGAAUUCUAAUGUAUUUUUAUCUCUGAAUGUGGCUGUUAUUUUGUAUAGAUUCAAAUAUAAUACUCCAAAGAAUAUGAAAUAUACUUGUUUAAAGUGUAA